UGAUUAUUAAAUAAUAUUUAUAAGUACAUCGCUAUAUGUGACCGGUAUAAAAUCAAAAACAAACGUGAGCUGAAGACAGUUCUCGUCUAGUAUUGACAGCGUUUAUUGAGGAAAAAAAUGGCAAACCCAAAGCAAGAAAUCAAGUUUACCAAACUCUUUAUCGAUAACGAGUUUGUAGAUGCCAAGUCUGGAAAAACUUUUGCAACAAUUAAUCCAGCCACCGGUACUAAACUUGCUGACAUUGCCGAGGGAGACAAGGCUGAUGUAGAUUUGGCUGUUGCUGCGGCAAAACGUGCCUUUGCCCGUAACUCCGUUUGGCGUAAUUUGGAUGCCUCUGCUCGUGGUACUUUGUUGAAUCGUCUUGCGGAUUACAUGCAACGUGAUUCUACGAUUCUCGCCAAUUUGGAAACAUUGGACAAUGGAAAACCAUUCGAGGACUCUGUUUUCGAUGUUCAAUGCUCAAUAGAUACAUUGCGUUAUUAUGCUGGAUACGCAGAUAAAAUAUAUGGCAAAACUAUUCCGUCGGAUGGAUCUUUUCUCACUAUGACACGAAAAGAACCAAUUGGAGUGGUUGGUCAAAUCAUCCCCUGGAACUAUCCAUUGUUGAUGUUUGCGUGGAAAAUUGGACCAGCAAUCGUUACAGGAAACACCAUCGUUUUGAAGCCAGCUGAACAAACCCCAUUAACUGCUUUGUACAGUGCUGCUCUUUGCAAGGAGGCCGGAUUUCCACCAGGUGUUCUCAACAUUAUUACCGGAUAUGGUCCAACGGCAGGAGCUGCCAUUUCUGAACACCCUGAUGUGCGUAAGGUGGCCUUCACUGGAUCCGUUCCUGUGGGUCAAAUUAUCGCUCAAGCUGCGGCGAGAACAAAUUUGAAAAAGGUUUCUUUGGAGUUAGGCGGCAAGAGUCCACUUGUUGUAUUUGCUGAUGCUGAUUUGGAUGAAGCUGUUGAAAUAGCUCAUAAUGCCAUUUUCGCUAAUCACGGUCAAAAUUGCUGUGCAGGCUCACGCACGUUCGUUCAAGAGGGUAUCUACGAUGCAUUCGUCAAGAAAGCCGCUGAAAAGGCAAAAGCCCGCAAAGUUGGUGAUCCCUUCCAAAAGGACACCCAACAAGGACCUCAAGUCGAUGACGAGAUGUUCAAGAAAGUUCUCGGUUACAUCGAGUCUGGCCAAAAGGAAGGUGCCAAAUUGGAAGCCGGUGGCAAGCGCCACGGUAAUGUUGGAUAUUUCAUUGAGCCAACGGUCUUUUCAAACGUUACAGACACCAUGAAAAUUGCCAAAGAAGAAAUUUUCGGUCCCGUUCAAUCGAUUAUCAAAUUCAAGACGCUUGAUGAGGUCAUUGAACGUGCUAACAACACAAACUUUGGCCUUGCUGCCGGCGUUAUCACGAAUGACUUGAAUACAGCACUAACUUUUGCGCAAGCCGUCGAAGCUGGCAGUGUCUGGGUCAACUGUUAUGAUGCCGUUGUACCACAAGCCCCAUUCGGAGGAUACAAAAUGUCCGGAUCUGGUCGCGAAUUGUCCGCGGAUGCAUUGGAUUUGUAUUUGGAGACCAAAACUAUUAGCAUCAAGGUUCCUUGCAAAAACUAA